UCUGUGGCCAGUCUCCUGACCCACUUCAGCAACAACAGCAGGGUUUGGUGACAGCAGCGGCCAAGGUAGGGGCUGAAGGUGAAGGAGAAGCAGCUCGGGCUGUGGCUGGGACCUUGGAGGAGCUGGAAAGCAGCCCAUUACGGAGAUGAAGGGAGAAGCUGGAAGUCAGCUCCAGGAUGAGAAGCCAAAGCAGGAGGGACAUAUCUGGGGCUCCAUGAGGAGGACAGCUUUCAUCCUGGGCUCUGGCCUGCUCUUGUUUGUGGCCUUCUGGAACUCAGUCACAUGGCAUCUUCAGAGAUUUUGGGGUGCUUCUGGCUGCUUUUGGCAAGCCCAGUGGGAGAGGCUGCUGUUCAUGUUCGAAGGGAAGCAGUGGAUCCUCUUUGUGACAGGGGCCACCCACCUGUCUACUCUGUCAUUCUGGACUUUGAAUGGGCUUCUACUGGUGGUUGACACAACUGGGAAGCCCAACUUCAUCUCCCGCUAUCGGAUUCAGGUUGGCAAGAAUGAACCGGUGGAUCCUGUGAAACUGCGCCAGUGCAUCCGCACAGUUCUGUUCAACCAGUUCCUGAUCUCUCUUCCCCUCGUGGUCGUCCUCUAUCCCAUCCUCAAGUUGUGGAGAGACCCCUGCCGCCGAGAGCUGCCCACCUUCCACUGGUUCCUCCUGGAGCUGGCAGUCUUCACUCUGAUUGAGGAGGUCAUGUUCUACUACUCACACCGGCUCCUUCACCACCCAAUAUUCUACAAGAAAAUCCAUAAGAAACACCACGAGUGGACGGCUCCCAUUGGCGUGACCUCCCUCUACGCCCACCCUAUUGAGCAUGUGGUUUCCAAUAUGCUGCCGGCAAUGGUGGGUCCCAUAGUAAUGGGCUCCCAUUUGUCCUCCAUCACCGUGUGGUUUUCCUUGAGCCUGAUUGUCACCACCAUCUCCCACUGUGGCUACCACCUACCCUUCCUGCCUUCACCUGAAUUCCAUGACUUUCACCAUCUCAAGUUCAACCAGUGCUACGGGGUGCUAGGUGUGCUGGACCACCUCCAUGGGACUGACACCAUGUUUAAGCAGACCAAGGCCUACGAGAGACACAUCCUCCUGUUAGGCUUCACCCCACUUUCUGAGAGCAUCCCCGAACCCCCGAAGAUGGAGUGAGAGAGGGCCUGAGUGCCAUCCUGGCUGUCCCCUAGCAGCGGACUGCUAAGGUAGCCUGUGGCCUCCUGAGCACCUCUAAUUACUUAUUUCUUCCGCCACAUACUCUAAUAAGUGCACCACGGGAGUAGAGGGGAUGCCAGUUUAUAGGAAAUGCAGGGCCAAGGAUGGGGUCAAGGCCUCCUGACUGCCUCUGCUGUCCCUCAAGGGGACCAGGAGUUAGCUUAAAGAAACAGCUCCCCAGAAUGGCAAGUCCCCACAGUUCUCUGCUGUGAAAGGGAAGAGGGACCCCAGAUGAAUCCUUGUAUAGGCAAGAUGUAGAGAAGGACAAGGGUGGCAGCCACCCUGGAGGUCCCAUGGUUCCAGAGAGCCCCUUCUGCUGCCAGGGGAAAUCAGAAGAGAGCACUUGACCCCUUUCCUGUUCCCAAAAAUUCUCUCAAAACCUAUUGCCGGGCACCCUGGUAAUAGUUGUAGGGAUCAAUUCCCCAUUGCCCCUCCCAAACACAGAGUCAGUGACAGAGGCCCUAUUUUAUUUCUGACCCACUGCAAACAGACAUUGGCCCUCUCUGAAAAGAAAAAUACCACGGAAGCUCGUCCCUGGAUUACAGCUGAGACUCUGGAGAGGUGCAGACCAAAUGCCAGGACAGGGAACCAUACGUGGGAACCAAAAGCCAUACCCUGUGGACCUGCUAAACUGGGGCCUUUAAUCCACAGAGGGAAGGGUCAAAGUUGCUGACCUUUGGGGACACUUGACUGAGGCCCCUAAAUUAGCCUCUGAAGCAAGACCAGAGGCUAGAACCCUCCUUCCUUCAAUGAGAAGAAAAACAUGGCUGAACAAAGGGCAAAAAUUCUCUUUUCCCCCCAAAAGAUUAAGCAGUUGUUUUAGCAGUGAUGCCUUUUGACCUUAUCUGAAACAAAACCAGAGCCACAUGGGUCGUAGCAGUCCCCACCCUGGCUUUCCCUCAGCAGCCACGGACACUGCCAGGAACCCUGUGGCUCCCAGAAGACCACUCUGACUUGAAAGGCUGCCAGUAUCAGUUACUAAAUUCUUACAUAUACUUGGGUCUUCCUGAACUUUCAGUUCUGGUAUGUCAAGAUAACCACCCACUGCAGCUUUAGAAAAUAGUUUAACAUCUGAUAUUACCAAGUCUCCAGACAGAACCAUCAAAAAGAACUUCUUUCCAUUAGCCCUAGGAACGCGAGAGAAUCUGCCCAGUAGGCCAACUAGGAACUUCCCAGGCAGGCAGAGUCCUCCCUGGCCUUGCAAAGCCCCACCCACCCACCCACCUCUGGAGUUGG